AUGGAUGUGGUUUGGGAUGAAAGGGAAUGGGAUGUCUGGGCUCACACACAGAAUCGCAAGAAUAUGGGAAUCAAUAAGAAUAAGAGCGAUUUGAGCGACUCCUUGGACUGUAGUCCCCAACACGACAACCUCGUUGUGGUCGAUAUGAUGACCCCGUGGUGUCCCAACCCUAAGAUCCAAACAGAAAUGAAUGGUACGGACAAAGCGAAGAGAAUAGCCACUACUGUGGCGAAGAUUAUGGCACUUGUGAUGCUGUUAUACUUCUUCAUCUGUUCGCUGGACUUCUUGAGCUCAGCGUUUCGUUUGGUGGGCAGUCGCGCGGCCGGAAGAAUAAUAUCGGACAGCGAUCUGCUGAAGAAUCCAGUGGUGGGGCUCAUGAUUGGCGUUCUCGUGACAGUUCUGGUGCAGUCGUCGUCCACCUCGACAUCGAUAGUCGUAACAAUGGUUGGCUCCCAUUGUAAGUGACAGAGUA